ACUGGCAGCGGUCUUGCGAAUGUGCUAAUUGAUAAAUUAAAAGAACUUAAACUUAGUUUUGCACACAUAAGGGGUCAAGGUGAGUUUUCAACUCUUCUAUUUUUGGGACAAUUAAAUUAUACUUUUUUCUUUCUAAAGGUUAUGACGGAGCGCGGUCGAUGAGUGGACAUGUCAAAGGUUGUGCUAGUGUCAUCCAAAAUUUAUAUCCAGCGGCUCUUUAUGUACACUGUGCUAAUCAAAGCUUAAAUUUAGCCAUCGCAACGACUUGCAAAAUACCUGCUAUAAGAAAUUGUAUUGGUUCCAUGAAAGAGACCGUAAAUCUUUUUCGGAUGUCAACUAAAGCAGGCACACUGCUCAAAAAUCUUAUUCUUGAAUCCUUUCCAAACUCAAAGCAAGUGAAGUUACUUAAAUUCUGCGAAACACGUUGGGUGGAGCAUUUAGAAUCUCUUUCUUUAUUUAACGAUUUAUUCCCAUUGAUCUGUACUGCGUUGGAAGAGCUUGAUAUUGAAAAUUUAAGAAGUGAUUUAUCAAAGCCACAUGCUUUGUUGACUGCAAUCCAAUCACCUCAAUUUGUGAUUGCUAUGGCGAUACUAAAGCCAAUUUUUGCAUUAUCAAAACACAUAAGCCUAUGUUUGCAGCAAAUAGAUUGUGAUUUGAGCAGCUGCGUUGCUUAUGCAAAUAAUUUGUAUGCUGAAAUUAGUGAAAUGCGUAAGGAUUCUGAACAAUCGUUUAAACUAAUUUUUGAAUCAGUUAAAACAAUAGCCGCAGAAUUAGAUUUAGAAAUCAAAAUUCCGCGUUUGGCGAAACGGCAAACUAAUCGCGACAAUUAUGAAGGCGAACCGGAAGAAUAUUACCGCAGAUCAAUUUACAUACCGUUUUUAGAUCAUUUUUUGGACCAAAUCAAUGAACGAUUUUUAAAACAUCGAGAGCUGCUUUCCAAAAUUGAAAACAUUUUGCCAAAUAAAUGCGUAAAUCUGGACGUUAUUGAGAUGCAGGAGACUGUUCGUGUUUUAGAAAAGCAAUGGUCCGCUGAUGUAGAAGAUCCCGAUGAUUUCGUUGCUGAAUUUAGAAUGUGGAAAAGGAACUGGUUAAAUCAAUCAAAGAGAUCCAAAACAUUUUUAGACGCGUUGAAUUGUUGCGAUGCAAAAAUUUUCAAAACAGUGCAUCGUUUUUUAAAGAUUGGAGCAACAAUCCCUAUAUCUGUCGCUUCAAGUGAACGCUCGUUUUCCUCACUUCGCAGGCUCAAAACAUAUUUAAGAAAUAAAACUGGAGAAGCACGCCUGAACGGAAUGGCUCUCUUGAAUAUCCAUAGAGAUAUAGACGUGAUGGAGGAAGAGAUUUUAAAUGUUAUGGCCCAAAAUAAAAGACGAUUAGACUUCAAUUUGUGAAUAAAAUAAUGAAACAUUGU